UAAUGGCGGCUCAGAGGUCGACCAGCUGGCCAGUGGGACGUCACUGUUUUAUGUAGAAUAUUUCACCUGUAAAUCUUUUACACGGGAGGAAGGCGUGAAGACUAGUCCUAUAAGGCAUUCUCAUAAACCAGGAAGUGUAUGACUCAGGACAUCAGUCGCCAUGAAGACCACCUUUACCACUGUCGACCUUCUGGCCAUUGUGGCCGAACUGAGGGCCAGGGUCAUCGGGAUGAGGGUGAUACAAAUCUAUGAUGUUGACGCGAAAACUUAUUUGCUGAAACUUCAGAAGCCUGAACAAGAGCAGAAAUGCCUGUUGUUGAUCGAGUCAGGCACGCGCAUUCACACCACAGACUAUGAGUGGCCCAAAAGCCCUGCCCCUUCAGGUUUCUCCAUGAAGUUAAGGAAACAUCUACGUAACAAACGUAUUGAGGAUGUGCACCAGCUUGGAGUUGACCGUAUCAUAGACCUGAAAUUUGGGUCUGGAGAGAUGGAGCAUCACAUCAUACUGGAACUUUAUGACCAUGGCAACAUCGUCCUGACUGACCACUCAUACACCAUUCUUAAUAUUCUUCGUCCCCGGAAGGAAGGAGAGGAUGUGAGAUUUGCCGUGCAUGAGACUUAUCCUGUAGAUCGUCCACGGCUGCCCAAACCUCCCUUGUCACUUGAGGACCUGAAGAAUGCAUUGUCCUCAGCAAAGGAGAAUACUCCUCUGAAGAAGAUUCUCAAUCCUCUACUGGACUGUGGUGGAGGUGUGGUGGACCAUGUACUGUUGGAAGCUGGGUUCCCUGUUGGCACUAAGUGUGGCCAUCAUCUGAAAAUUGACGAUGACCUCACCAAGUUACACACAGCAGCAGCCAAAGCACAAGCUGUUGUCACAGAAUGGUCAACAAGAUCAUGUACAGAGGGUUACAUUAUUAAGAAAGUAGAGCAGCGAAAGAAGGCAGAUGGCAGCACUGAGGACGUGCCAAUUUUCCAGGAGUUUAUGCCAUUCCUCUUUGCCCAGCAUGCACAGUCACCCAGUGACAAGUUCCCCACCUUCAACCAAGCUUGUGAUGAAUUUUACUCCAAGAUGGAAGCCGGCAAGAUUGAUCAUGCAGCUGUACAGAAAGAGAAGGAAGCACUCAAAAAGUUAGAAAAUGUGAAGCGUGACCAUGAGCGUCGCCUGCAGGAACUCAGCAACACACAGAAGACUAAUGAAUCGCAGGGCCAUAUGAUAGAGCUUAACAAGGAUUUGGUAGAUGCAACAAUUCUGGUGGUCCGGAGUGCUGUAGCCAAUCAGAUUGACUGGCGACAAAUUAAAGAGCUAUUGGCAGAGGCUCAGGGCCGGGGAGACCCAGUUGCCCAAGCCAUCAAGCAACUCAAGCUGGAAAGUAACACAAUUACCCUCUCUCUCAGUAACCCCUAUGACUGUGACGAAGAUGAUCUUUUUCUGGACUCUGAUGAAGAACGUGAGGAAGGCAACGACUCCACAAAUAUGCGGCCAAUAACGGUGGAUAUAGACCUAGAGCUCUCCGCUAUGGCCAACGCUCGCAAGUAUUUUGACCAGAAGCGUCAAGCAGCCAAAAAGGAACAGAAAACCAUUGAUGCCUCAGCCAAGGUGCUUCAGUUGACCACCAGGAAAACUAACCUGGCGCUGAAGGAGGUGGCCGCCAGCUCUAGCAUCAACAAGGCGAGAAAGGUCAUCUGGUUUGAGAAAUUUCACUGGUUCAUCUCCUCUGAAAAUUUCUUAGUCAUUGCAGGACGAGACAGUCAGAUGAACGAGAUGAUUGUGAAGCGUCACUUGCGUCCUCGUGAUGUGUAUGUCCACGCCGACAUGCACGGUGCCCCGAGUGUGAUCAUCAAGAACCCCAGUAGCAAGGAACCACCUCCCAAGACGCUCCAUGAAGCAGGGAUCAUGGCUCUCUGUUACAGCCGAGCGUGGGAGGAAAAAGUGAUAACAUCAGCGUGGUGGGUAUGGGGGGAGCAGGUGAGCAAGACAGCACCAACAGGAGAAUACCUCACUACUGGUGCUUUUAUGAUCCGAGGUAAAAAGAAUUUCCUGCCACCGUCUCACCUCAUCUACGGGUUUGGCUUCCUCUUUAGGCUGGAAGACGAGUCUAUUUCUAGACAUGCUGGAGAGAGAAAGAUACGUUCUGUGGAGGAAGACGUGAGUAGCAUCUCCCUAACAGAAACCACAGAUGACCACAGCGACCUUCCUCUGGUUGAAGAAGAAAACGAUAAACAGCUGGAGAAGGAGGAGCAAGAAACAGAGGAUGCAUCUCUAGUAGACAAGAACCAAGAGGUAAAAUCAGAAUUGGUAAAGGAAGAUUCUGCUGAUGAAGAAUGUAGUGAAGAAGAGACGGAUAAAGAUGGAACAGUGGAAUUUCCCGAUACAGUUGUGGACAUAAAGCAUAUUGGUGGAGAUCAGUUUUCUAUCCGUGCACGAACUGUCUCCACGACAUCACAGCUGUCUGCACAGUCUGGUGAAACAAGAGAAGAUGAAGACAGUACAGUGGUAUACCUGGGAGAUGACCAGCCAGUGACUAUCAACAGGAGGAGGAAUGAUUCUAUUAAUAAGUAUAAUAAAGGCAAGAAGGGAGACAAAAAAACAAACCCCAAAGCUGGAAGUCAACAAAUGGAUCAGCAAAGUACGCAGGAGCAGAAGUGUCAACAAGGUACGGAACACAAGGAUGGGCCCCCCAAGCGAGGUCAGAAAAACAAGAUGAAGAAGAUGAAAAAAUACCGCGACCAGGAUGAAGAAGAACGAGAGAUCAGAAUGCAGUUAUUGCAGUCAGCAGGUAACAACAAGGAUCAGAAGAAAGGUAAAGGUGGCAAGAAAGCUGGUAAAGAGAUGAAAGGAAAGGGCCCAGUGCAAAAGGUUGGACCUAAAUCCACAGGACUGAGUAGCCAUCCUAACAGAGGUAACCUGACACACAUCACAUUGCCUGAAGACACAGACACCCAGGUCAAGAAGGAAGAGCGCCAGGAAGAGGAGGAGGAUGAAGACGAGGCAACACAGCUUGCAGACGACCUGAAUAUUAUCAAUACACUGACAGCGAUGCCAGUAGCCGAAGAUGAACUCCUCUUCACAGUCCCGGUGUGUGCACCAUAUACUGCCAUGACAAACUUCAAGUACAAAGUUAAAUUAACCCCAGGACCUGGGAAAAAGGGAAAGGCCUGCAAGACUGCUGUGACACUGUUCAUGGGGGACAAGUCGGCCACUCCCCGAGAGAAGGACUUGUUACGAGCAGUCAGAGACCAAGACCUGGCGAGGAACCUGCCGGGUAAAGUCAAAGUGUCUGCACCCAAUAUUACAAAAAUUAAAAAAUAACCAAAUGUGAGAGAUACUCAAUAGUACCUUUGUGUGUAUGUACAGUAUGUAAAUAAUGCACUUCAUCCAACAUUCAUGCUUUUCA